UCGCCGCGCGUGGUAGCAUUUCGAGAUGUGGCGCCAUCGCAUCCUGCAGCAGACAUCCCGCCGGGAGAUCAGCAAGCAAGUGAAAGCAGAUGGAGGAGGAGGAGCCCGUCAGCAGCCAAGUGGAUCCCUGCCAGCCUCAGCGGAUGUGGUGGUAAUUGGCGGUGGCUCGGCGGGCUGUCACACCCUCUAUCACCUGGCGCGUCGUGGUGUCAAAGCGGUUCUCCUGGAACGUGCCCAACUCACGGCCGGAACCACCUGGCACACCGCCGGAUUAUUGUGGCGCCUGCGUCCCAACGAUGUGGAUAUUCAGCUGCUGGCCAAUUCGCGUCGGAUGCUCCAGGGACUGGAGGAGGAAACGGGUCUGGAUCCGGGUUGGAUUCAAAACGGAGGCAUAUUCAUCGCCCACAAUGAAACGCGUCUGGAUGAGUAUCGCAGAUUGGCCACAGUGGGUUCGGCUCUGGGUAUCGAGAACCAAGUGUUGAGUCCCGAGGAAACCCAAAAGUUGUUCCCCCUCCUGGAUCACUCGGCCUUUGUGGGAUCUCUGUACUCUCCCGGUGACGGUGUCAUGGAUCCGGCGAUGCUGUGUGCUGCCCUCAAGAAGGCAGCUACCAAUCUGGGUGCCCAGGUGAUCGAGAAUUGUGGAGUGGAUGACCUACUGGUGGAACAAACCCCGAGGGGUAAGAAGGUUGUGGGUGUAACCACCCCUUUUGGGGACAUCAAAGCGGAGAAGGUGGUGAAUGCCACUGGGGUCUGGGGUCGCGAUCUGGUGGCCAAGCACGGCUCUCACCUUCCCCUGGUGCCCAUGAAGCAUGCCUAUAUUGUCUCGGAAUCCAUUCCCGGAGUAAGAGGGCUGCCCAACAUCAGAGAUCAUGACUACUCCACCUACUUCCGCAUCCAAGGCGACGCCAUCUGCAUGGGUGGCUACGAACCGAAUCCUAUAUUACUGGAACCCGUUCCCAAGGACUUCCAUUUUGGCCUCUAUGAACUGGAUUGGUCGGUCUUUGAGGCUCAUGUCGAGGGAGCCCAGAAAUUGUGUCCCAGUUAUGCGAAAUACGGUGUGAAGAGCACUGUUUGUGGUCCGGAAUCAUUUACACCCGAUCACAAACCCCUGAUGGGUCCGGAUCCGAUUCUAGAUGGACUGUACCACAAUUGCGGCUUCAAUUCGGCGGGAAUGAUGUUCGGCGGUGGCUGCGGGGAGCAGACUGCCCUGUGGGUCAUCCAAGGCCAGCCGGAUCUGCCCAUGUUCGGCUUUGAUCUGCGUAGAUUCACCCAGGAGCAGGGCAAAGCCACCCAGUGGAUCAGGGAAAAGUCACACGAGAGCUACGUGAAGAACUACAGCAUGGUGUUUAAGUACGAUCAACCUCUGGCGGGUCGUGAUUUCCAAAAGGAUCCCCUGCACGACGAGAUGACGAAGGCGGGAGCCGUCAUGGAGGAGAAGCAGGGUUGGGAGAGGCCAGGAUUCUUCCUACCCUCCGGUUCUAGGAAAGCAGUGGUGCAACCGUAUGACUGGUACGGAAGCUAUGGCCACCAGAGAAACCAGGACAGCGAGUACGAGAAGGUUCUGGACGGCGAUCUUCACUACAGCAGAUUCUCCGAGUACCACGAUCUGAUUGGAUCGGAGGCAAUGGCCUGUCGAAAUAAUGCGGUGGUCUUCAACAUGAGCUACUUCGCCAAGCUUCUGCUAGAGGGUCCUCAAGCUCAGGAGGCCGCCGACUGGCUCUUUUCGGCCAACACCAACCGGGAUCCCAGCAAAACUGUCUACACCUGUGCCCUUAACGAUGCUGGCGGAGUGGAGGCCGAUGUGACCAUUUCCCGUUUGGCGAGCGGUUCCGGUGAGGUCCACGAUCCAAAGUUCAAUGGUCAGGGCUUCUAUAUCGUGGCUGGUGGCGCCUCUGCCUUCUACACAUACAGCUCUCUGAGGGCAGAGAUCCGUAGGAAAGGAUUCAAUGCCAGCCUCAAGGACCUGACCGCGGAAUUAGGUGUGAUAUCCAUUCAAGGACCGAACAGCCGGAAGAUCCUGCAGCCCCUCAUCGACUGCGAUCUGUCCGAUGAGCAGGUGCCACCGAAUAGCACUCGCUUGGCCAAGUUCGGCGAUGUGGGUCUCCGCCUGCUCCGCGUGAGCUUUGUGGGUGAACUGGGCUACGAGCUCCAUGUGCCCAAGAAGGAUUGUGUGGCCGUUUAUCGGAGUCUGAUGAAUGCUGGUGCUGAACAGGAUCUCCGCAAUGCUGGCUACCGAUCGCUGUACUCCCUCAGCAGCGAGAAGGGCUACCACUUGUGGAGCUUCGAUCUGCGUCCGGAUAAUACUCCCCUGGAAGCUGGCUUGGGAUUCACCUGUCGCAAAACAGGAGCUGAGUAUCGUGGCAAGGCGGCAAUUGAAAAGCAGCGAACUAAAGGCCUGAAGAAGCGCCUGGUUUACCUGACGCUCCAGGAUCAAAUCCCCAUUUGGGGUCUGGAGGGUGUCUAUCGGAAUGGCGAACCAGUGGGCAUCCUGCGACGAGCGGAAUAUGCCUAUAGCCUGGGAAAACCCCUCGGACAGGCGUACAUUUCCAGGCCAGAUGGACAGAUCAUCGAUGCUGAUUACAUAAGGAACGGGGAGUACGAGGUAGACAUCUUGGGCAAGAAGUAUCGCGCCGACUGCCACUUGCGCAGCCCAUUCGAUCCCACCGGCCAACGGGUUCUCGGUAACUAUGCAAUCGAGUCCAAAACCAAACCUAAUAAUAAAUAAAGAUGAGCCUUUUGUUUCCAA